AUGAACCUUCUCCCAAAAACCUACAAGGAAUUUGGCGAAAAAGACUAUUGGAAUAAGUUUUUCAAAAACAGAGGCAAUAAAGCUUUUGAAUGGUAUGGAGAAUAUUUAGAAUUGUGUGCGCAUCUACACAAAUACAUUAAGCAGACUGACAAGGUCCUUAUACCUGGCUGUGGUAACUCCAGCCUCAGCUCUGAUCUCUAUGAUGUUGGCUAUAAGGAUAUCAUUAAUAUAGAUGUCUCUGAAGUGGUAAUAAAACAGAUGAAAGCAAAAAAUGCUCACCGGACAGACAUGUCGUUUUUACAUAUGGAUGCUCUCAACACAACAUUUAACAAUGAUGAAUUCAAUGUUGUUCUGGACAAAGGAACCCUAGACGCUCUUAUGCCAGAUGACUCAGCUGAAACUCUUCAGAGAAUAGACAGUUAUUUCUCGGAAAUUAAACGAUUAUUGAAGUUGGGGAGACGGUUUAUUUGUAUAUCUUUGCUGCAGGGUCACAUAUUGAGUAAAUUGAUAGACUUCUUCUGUGACAAAUCCUGGUUGUUCAGGAUUGUAAGGUGUCACGAGGCAGAGGAAAAAAGUGCAGAGAGUGAGGAAGGUACAACAUUACCGGUAUUCAUUGUUGUUGCCACCAAAUUUAAGGAAUGUCCAAGAUUGAUACUAGAGGUAUGUAUGGCCGGUGAGAAGAUGCAGAGUGUUCAAUCAACAGAUGAACUAAAGGCAAUCAUUAAAUCGGUUCAGGAUACAGCGUUCGUCACUAAUGGUCUGGCCAAGGCAGAUCUGGACGAAGAUGAUGAGGUUUGCUUAGAUCUCAUUCAGCCCGCUGAAUCAAACCCUAGAUACACACUAUACAUCAUAAACCAGAAGAAAUAUCAGACAGUGAACAAGUAUGCAGUGUUUAUUGUGCCACAGGGAAGGCAAUGUGAAUGGUUAUUUGGCACACCAGCGGGUAGGAGACAGCUCCAGGAUUCAGCAAGAUUUGGUCGGUUGGUUGUGGCCUGUCUGAACCGAGGACAUCAGUUCCCAAGCCUUGAUGCUGUCAAGGAUGAACUGGCUCAUUCUGCUAAGAUGCUAAUGCCUAGUGGUUUCAGUGGACAGAUUCCGUUUCUGUCUCUGGGUGAUAUCGGUUCUCGCAGCCAGGUGUGUUCCGGGGAGUCUUCGUCGGGUCCUUACGUGGUGGAGGACGUGUCCGUUGAGGGUGUGAUGUACCGACGACUGGUGUUCCUUCAGCAUCAGGGACUGGUGCAGUCCGAGGCGAGGUUGAAGACUGUUAAAAGGAAGAAUAAAUCCAAGCUGGUGGUGGAUUUCGGCGCUAUAUCAUUGUACCAUUCAAUAAUGACGAUCGGUUUACAUCUGAACGACGGUAUUAGUGGUGAAGUGGCUGUGUUUGGGCUGGGAGGUGGCGGCCUCUGUAUGUUCAUAAAGAAAUGUUACGAAGAUGUUAAAGUAACGGCCGUCGAAAUAGACGGAGACAUGCUGACCGUGGCUAGAGAAUACUUUGAACUGGAAGUUGACGAACGUCUGGAGGUGCAGGUCAAAGAUGGGCUGCUAUUUUUACAGGAGGAAACUGAUGCUGGUAAUCAUUACUCGUGCGUGAUGUACGACAUGGACAGUAAGCAGCAUUCGGGCGUGUCUUGUCCCCCGGAACAGUUCCUGGAGGAACACGCUCUGGAACUACUUGUGGAGGUGUUGGGGACAGGACAAUUCAUCUUAAACUUUGUAUGUCGAGAUAAGCAGAUACGGGAAUCAACAUUGGAUGUAUUGAAGAAAUACUUUAAACAUAUCGCGACCGUCAAACUUGUAACAGAGGUCAAUGAAAUAAUAUUUGCGACGAAUGGAGAGACAGCGUACGAUACGCAGAGAAUAGAAGCAGCCGUGAACAGUAUGAACCAGGCAGCGAGACAGAAGAAACUUGUUAAACUAAAAUGUUUAGACAUGAAAGAUGUGUUCGACACACUCUGUAUACUGAAAUAG